CUUCUAAUCUCCAUCUAGCUGUCUCUCUCUAACAUCUCUGAGUUUGUCCCAUCUGAUCCUCUUUCUUGCAUUGCCCGGUCUCUCUAUCUUAGACAAACAAAAAUCAGACGGAAAAGAGGAAAAAUGGCAACGGAGGGGACGAGGAACAAGUUCCUGCUAUGCAACUUCUGUUUCAGGCCAGUGGUCGAUGUGGACGGGGUGCUCGACCCUGCCACCGGCAACAGCCGCCGUCACGGUAAUGUUGUUGACAACAAAUUACGACGGAAGCAGAAGCAGCAACACAUGAACAACAUUUCUGUUUCAGAAAAUGUUGCGGACAACACUUCAUCUCCAUCACGCCCCCGGAACCACUCUCUGUCCCGCAUUCUGAAGGCCGUUAUGUUCGACUCCGCGCUGACAAGGAGGAUUCGGCGUCGAAAGAGCUCCAAACGCAAGUUUUAUGUAACCUCCACCGGGCAGUCCAUGCCUACCCUCGCAGGUGGAGGGUUAAGCCACGGAGAAGUUAAGGAGAUUGACCCCGAUGAUCCGCAUGUUCUGUCUUCGAGUCUCCCCUCGGAGUCGAAGCGCACUGACUACACAGCUGACGAAAUAGUUUCGGAAUAUGAUAGCGACAUGGGCACGCUUAACCAUGGGAUGAAUAAUGAGAAAGGCCAGCUAGAGCUCGUCCAGGGCUCGGGCCAGAAGAGGCAGCCGACCAGCAGGAAGCUAACCACCACGGCCUUCUCCCUCCUUAACCACUGCGGUGUCCAUGUGUUCCUCACAGUGCUAGGGGUGACGGUAGUCUGGGGUAAAGCCGGUGCGAUCCUAUUCACGUCAAUCUGGCUGUACUCCAUCUUCUUCCAGAGGAUCGCCAGACGCCGCAGGAUAGGGAAGUAGGCGGCAGUAAAUGACCAACUCCUUUCGCUAAUUAAGCUUGAAAUCAUGCAUAUACGUCUACGAACAAAUGGAGAUUUUGUGGCCGGCCUAUGUGAUUUGAUCGAAUAUCUAGGGCUAUACCAAUAGAUACAACCAGAAUAUGGAUCGAAAAUGCGAAGGGGGGAUCGCACGUGUACAUUAAUCUGACGGGAGGACCCGAUCAAUCGACAAGGCAUUAAAGUUUUGACGUGAAAAUAGUCUAUUUCGUGUGGUGCAUUCCAUGUUUUACGUGUCUAGGAGAAUAGGGGAAUUAUGAGGACAGAGAACAGCGGCAAGACAACAUUUGAUUAGAUGAUCUCUCUACCUCUGAAACUCCCUGUAUUUACCAGCAAAUUGUCUCUUCACAUUUUCACUUUGUUGUAAUUAUUAUUAUUUUUUAAAAACUUUUUUGGUUUUUCAUGCAUGUCCAGUAGAAGUGGAGGGAGAUUACUUGUAUCUACGUCCAAGUCGUGUAAAUGAGAAAUGUUAUGGUGCAGUUAA